AUUUCAGCAUAAAACGAAACUGUAAUGUUGUUGCUGUUACUAGGGAGGGACCUAGUGGUUGUUGACAUAAAUACUGCAGCACUUCCUGAAGUGUUUCUAAUCCAAUACAAGACAAUAUUAUAUUCAGCCAAGAAGUGUGUCGGAACUGUAGCGUAACAUGAGCUUAUGAAUAACUUCACAGACUUUAUUUCAAGAGGACAACACAUCAUAGCCAUGGUACAUUUCACAUUUUCCUAAAGAGACAAAACCUGGGAUCACGCUAUGACGACUAAAGAGAGAAUUCAGCGCCAGUUCCCUGGCAAGUUCAUGGAGCUCUGCAAAACUUGCUUCCAUCACAGUCCACGGCGGAUCUCCAAUAAGGGCAACGACUCGAAGUGCAAUUCCACACACAGGCACGUUUGGAAGGCAACUCUAGUUCUUCGUGACAACAAAAAUACACUGUUGUAUGAGGAAGUCAGGCCGCUGCCCCACUUGAACAGCCGCUCAUGGCUGUACUGUAAAUAUGUUAUGAAUGGUGACCAAUGCUCUCAUGGCGCCCAUCGAUGCUGGUUUGCACACAGUAAGGUAGAGAUGACCGUGUGGAAUGCUGAGAGCCAGGAGGGGUUUGUUCGGGCUGAGCUGCUUCCGGCUGUACAGCCGGUGGUGGCAGCAGCUUCUCUGUCUCAGACCCAGCACUAUUGCAAAGCCUGCAAUCUAUGGUUGUCAUCAUGGGGAGGUUUCCAGAACCACCUCAACACGUUCAAUCACAUCAAAAGGACCAACGAGUAUAACAAUGAGACAACGACUGAGUGGAAGUAUCGAGACCCACCUCAAACCAACCAAACCUACAAAUUGUGUGAAAGGAGGGCCUCUACAUGUGAGCUUGGGAGCAACUGUGUUGAUGCUCACUCAGCGGAAGAACUACAGGAGUGGCGCACAAGAGACAAGACUGAUCGGAAGACAGUUAUUGCUGCUGAAGAGCAGGGUUUACUUUCAUACCAGGACAAUCUACUGAGAGAGAACAGGGAUAGAUUUAACAAAGCUAUUAUUAUGUCCGAGGCAGUGUCUGGUGUGAAUAUCAGCUGUGACAAGGACAUGAUGAUUUCAGGUCAAAGAGAAAAUGUGCCGCUGACAUGGAAGUUCAGAAUACAGUCGGAGAGAACCCUUGCACAUGUAGCAUUACUGAAACAGGAACCUGGAGCCUCUUUCUCCCUGGAUGAAAACAGUUCUGAGCCCCGCACUUACUCCACGGGUGAACCGUUCUGUAACUCAGACAUGACCUAUGACAUCACCGUGUCCUUCAAGUCCAACAACCCGGGUCUUUACGAACAGUGGUUGGUGUUCGACUUUGACACAAGGCCAGUGCUCUUGCAGAAACUGAAGGUUAAUGUUGGAAAAGAGCCUUCCAUUCAGCUAGUGGCGCCACCAGAGGACGACAUCCAUCCAUCUUUAAAUCAAGAACGCUGGCAUCAGGGGAACAGGGACAUCAUCCCAUACAUGGAGAAGACAGAGGCACAGGAAAAGCUGCUUAAGGAAUACGAGCCUCAGAUUUGUAUGCCAUAUAAACCACUUGAUGACCGCAAUAUGCCCAUAAAUCACCAGAACUACAAAGAGAGAAUGCACAGCUUCCUGUACACAGAGGAGCAGGCAGAAGAUCAGGUGGUUUCAAGACUCAACGUUCAAACAACCAUCACUUUGUCGGUCACCCUAGAGGCCACUGUAGACGACCCUCUGUUUGGGAUGAAGAUAGCUCCUCUAGGGGAACUAUUCUGUGCUGUCUCAGUUCCUUAUAAUCUCACCCCAGACAUCCCAGAGGGUUUGAUGCUGAGACGAAGCAUCCAAUCAGCUCUCAUAGCACCAGUAUCUUCAGAUAAUCAAAGUCACAAGGUCUACGAAGCCAUCAUCCUCAAAGACGCCACAAGUAAGAAUAAAAUGCACUUGAAGCUGUCUGAAAGAUGCUGCUCUGACCUGAAGCUCCAAAAAACUGAAACAUGUGAAAUGGAAGUCCAGUUCCAGCUGAAUCGUCUGAAGUUUUGUGAGAUGCACCAAGCCAUAGAUCUCCUUCCAGACACAGAGAGAGUGCUACCAGACUUCAGUAACUGCAUUGUCCCUGUGAGCAAAACACAGCAAAAUUACAACCUCAAUGCAAAGCAGCAAGCAGCUAUGGAAUUUAUCAUUGGAGACACUGAUGGAGGAGGAAGUGUCUCACCACUCCUCAUUUAUGGACCGUUUGGAACUGGGAAAACCCUUACUCUCGCUACGGCAGCUAAAGAGCUGGUACGGCAGCCUCACACCAGAGUACUGAUCUGCACACUUACAAACAGUUCUGCAGAUUUGUAUGUGAAGGGUCAUUUCCAUGAGUCUGUCAACUCUGGAGAUCUUGAAAUCAAACCUCUUAGAAUAAAGGCAGAGGAAUCAUCGGUACAAUCUACUGAUGAGAUCACCUUACAGUACUGUCAUCGUUCCAAAAACGGACAAUUCUUCUCCCUACCUGACAAAGAUACAGUCGACUCCUGUAGGGUGGUCAUAACAACUACUGCAAUGGCAAGGCACUUACAUGACCUGAAGCUUCCUGAUGGCUACUUCACCCACAUCCUGAUUGACGAAGCGUCCCAGAUGCUUGAAUGUGAAGCUCUGAUGGCCCUUGGUCUGGCUGGGCCAGUAACUCGAGUGGUUCUAGCUGGAGAUCACAUGCAGAUGGGACCAAAGCUCUUUUCAGUGGACGAUGACCAACGCUCCAAUCAUACCUUGCUGAACCGUCUGUUCCACUACUAUCAAGCCCAGGAGAGUAGUGCAGCUUUGAAAAGCAGAAUCAUUUUCAAAGAGAACUAUCGCUCCACCAAAGAGAUAGUAGAAUUUGUGUCCACUAACUUCUACGUUGGCAAGUCUGAUGCCAUCAAGGCUGUAGGUAAUGUUCCAGCUCACCCGAACUGCCACCCCCUGAGGUUCCACCAUGUCAGAGGAGAAUCUCACUUGGACACCACAUCCAUGUCGUGGUUUAAUCGUGAAGAGGUUGCAUCCGUGGUUGAAGUAGUGCAAAAUCUGCUCAGAGAUUGGCCACCCACAUGGGGAAAUCAGGAUCAAAGCUCAAUUUGUGUCCUGUCUGAAGGAUGCCAGGUUUCACUGAUUAGGAAAGAGCUUCGGAAAAAAAGACAUGGCCAAGUAACUGUGGAAAAUAUAGCCAAUGUUCAAGGAAAACAGUUCAGGGCAAUUGUAUUGACAGCCGUUCAAACCCGUGACAGCCUCCUUUCCUCUGACUCACUUUGUCAUGAGUUUUUCAACGAUGCUCGCGUACUGAACACGGUCAUGACUAGGGCUCAAUCCCAGGUUGUUGUAGUUGGAGAUGCUGCUGCUCUCUGCUACUUUGGGAAAAGCUCAAGGAUAUGGAAAGCCUACAUAGACCACUGCAUCAGCAAAAACAGUGCAGAUCCACAAACCCUUACUGAAGAUUACUUGAAACAAGAAGUAAGAGAGAUUUCAAAAUUUGUCAAAGGGGAUGAGGAGGACAACAGUGAUAGUGACUCAUCCAUAUCUGAGAUACCCGACAUAGAUGACCCAAUACUGAGGGAGCUUCUUGACGAGGGUAAAGAUGUACGAGUCACUGUAACAGCUGACGGCCUGUUGGGUAUCACCCAGGGGGAGCCAAUUGUCAACCCAAUAAAUGGACUUGAGAUGAACACAAGCCAAGACAGCUCCCCUUUGUACCUUCAGGCAUUGAUAAAGAGAGACCCGAGUAUCUACAAACACUGUCACUUGAGUUUGGAGAGGUUUGACUCAGGCUAUGCCAUACCUCUUGAAGAGCCCUCCCUCCGCAUUUCUAUCAAAGGUAGAAAGAAUAUUGGUCGUUCUUUUCCUGGAGAUCAGGUUGUUGUGGAGAUCUUGGACAAUGAGUGUCAUCCCCCAAAUGGGAAAGUGCUAGAUGUGGUGAAGGUUGAAAAUGCCUCCAUGGUGUUUGUCUGUACCAUUGAUAACUUUGACAACCAGGUGAUGACACCCAUCAACAACUGCAUCUCCAAAAUAUACACCCCAUUUUGGAGGGACAAGCCAAACUACAUUGCCGUGCGAAAACUGGAGGAUCUGAGAGUUGAAGAGUUUGUGAAGAUAAAUGAGGAAUCCAAAAGAAACAAUCUCUUUGUUGUCAAAGUCUUGAAGUGGCGAGAGCAAUUUCGAUACCCUUUAGGAGUUGUCGUAAAAGUCCUUCCCAAAGUGGCAUCUUUAGAUAGUGGACUAGAAGUAUUGGACAUAGAGUAUCAACUGACAAGGGCCACUUCUGUUGAGAAAGACCAUGAAAUUCUCAAGGAACUGAACACAGAUACGCAAAAUCGAAAGCAUUAUCAAGAAUUCAUAACAUUUACAAUUGACCCAGCACAUUCCAAGGAUCUUGAUGAUGCCAUCAGUGUAAGAGAUUUAGGUCAACACUACGAGAUUGGAGUUCACAUUGCUGAUGUUGCAAGCCUUGUGACCAAGGACAGCCUAUUGGACAAAAAUGCACAACACAAUGGAACUGCUUUUUAUCCCCCUGGAAAGGAGCCUGUUUAUAUGUUCCCACUUUGUCUGAGCACCAAGUAUUUCAGUCUACUCCCUGGAUGUGAACGAAAUGCCAUAUCAUUGAUGGUGAAAAUUGACAAGAAAACAGACCGCAUCAAGACAAGUAAGUUUAGCCUAUCUAAAAUAAAGUCUGAUAGAAAGUUGUCAUAUGAGGAAGCUGAAAACAUCAUCCAAAACUCUGAUGUUAUUGACCAACGAUAUGACACUUUAGAGGGCUGCCUCGCCAAAGCAUGUCACUUUUCUGAGGUUCACAGAAAGGACAGGAAACAGGAAGACUGGCACUAUAAGUCCCCUGAUGAUGAUGUAAUCGUUGGUAGAAGACGGUCUCAUAAGAUGGUGGAAGAGCUCAUGGUUAUGUUUAACCACGCUGUCACUGAACUGUUGCUCAAAGAUGCAAAGACAGUCAGCUGCACCCCAGUCAGAUGCCAAGACAAGCCAAACCCAGAGAAGCUUUGUCAACUAAAAGAUAAAUACAGUUCUCUGAUUCCCCUGUCCAUUCAUUUCUGUCACUGCAUUGAUCAGAUUGGUAACGUUGAUGAUAACCAGAGGGAUGCGGUUUCUAAACCUUACCCAGGUGUGUCCAAUCAGAUGCUUGCAACGAGAACAGAGAAUAAAGACCAUCAUGGUCAAGUUGUCCAGCCAUCUGAGACAUUCUCUCUAUUAACAUCCAUUGUGAGGAGUCUUGAGUCAGCAUUUCAAGACAAGGAUAUCCCUAGAAUUGUGGACCUGAUAGCAACUGAUGACAUUCAUCCCCAGCUACUGCCUUUGAUCAUUGAACUCAGGAAGACGAUCCAUAGAGCAUAUGUUCUACGCUCUAACUCAACAUACCUAUCUAGAGUUGGCCACUAUGACCUUCAGCUUGAAAGCUACACUUGGGCUUCCUCGCCCAUUCGUCGGUACGUGGACAUUAUUGUUCAGAGGCUCCUGCACUCAGUUCUUGAAAACAAAGCAGUCAGGUACACGUCUUUGGAAAUUGACCAGUCCUGUCUGAGUUUUUCGAGAAAAUCUGAAAAGCAAAAAAUGUAUGAGAGGAAAGCUCAUUGCUUGAGUUUUGCAUCGCAGCUGAACAAUCAAAGUGCACAGAAGAUAGCCUUUGUCAUUGAUGCCUCCCCAGCUGGAAACAGUUUAACGGUGUAUUUUCCGUUUAAUCGAUCCUCAAUGCCAGAAAAUAUCCUUAUCAUGUAUAGGGAUCUGCAGUUGACAGACCAACCAGAGUUCAAUGAACAUAACAACCAUGUGGUUCUGAAAUGGAAGAGAAGAGUAUACUCCUUCACAAAUGAGAACAUCCACGCUGAACUGCAACAACAGUCACCUCAUCCAUUUGUGACAUCAGUGCCAACAGACUUGUGGAAAGGGAUGCUGUCAGCUCUGAAGGAGGAGAACUUGGACAUCGUGUUCCAAUCCCUACAGACCAUUAGCUCAAGUGUCAAUGAUAACCAACAGGUCUGCUCAGGUCUGCUCCAAUAUACACCAACGACGGCCAGAACCAAUCCAAAUCCAGGUCAUUACAUUGAAUUGCCAUUGAGGGUAAAGUCUGGUGAAACGCUGAAGGUGCAACUGGGCACUGACACACAGCGGGGAUUAUUAGUACCUGUGGUUCAGAUGCUGGUUGUAUGUAACAAGUUUGAGAUUUGCUUGGAGCACUCAAAAGACCCAACUCUGUGUUUCUCCAAGUAUGCACUCCAUUCAUCGAAGAAAACAUACACCACUUACCAGGAGUAUCAGAAGAUAUGGAAACCAUUGUGUGAGAUGGAGUCAGCCUCCAACGCUGUAACAGAAAAUGACAGCAUUGUCCUUGAAGAUGUGUCUUUGACAUGGAAACAGAUACAGAAGGAGAGUCAACUCGGUGGAUUCUUCCAGUUGUCACUUGAGAAGAUGAAACAGUGGGCCAUUGAGUAUGGUCUCAAACACAGCUUUCUGUGUAUCCGCAUGAGGUACCAAAAUCGAGUGGAUUUGUCAAACAAUGGCGCUGAUGAUGAUCAGCAUGUGGACCUCAGCAAUAUCCCAUCUCUCAUUUGGGUUGCUCAUGGAAUAACCACUGGGGUCACUGAUGAGGAUGAAGCUAAAAACCUCUCCUAUGUCCAGAUAGACUUCCGGAUUAAUCACAUGUCCAUUGCCAAGAUUCCAGAGAGGGUCUUCGGGAAAGAUACAAGAUUCACAGUAGAAUUAAUUCCAAAGCUGUUACCUGAUGUGCGUAAAGAGGCUGCCAUUGACAACCUCACUCAGGCUAACGAACUUGUGAAGAACAUUUCUCUUGGCAAGAGGACAAACUCUGCACCUGUAACUAAAGAGCUGAGACCUGCCAGGUUUGAUAUCAAAGUUCAUUCCUCCAAGUUUCCUGAUCUGAAUAUCAGUCAAACCAGAGCUAUUAAAGAGGCCCUCGACAACCGAUUCACUCUCAUUCAGGGGCCACCAGGCACUGGGAAGACGGUGGUUGGAGUCCACCUUGUUUAUUGGUUCUUUCUGCAAAACCAAAAAGACCCAAACCACCUAAGGCCUAAAGCUGUUGGUGGGUCUUCAAAGAGGAAGUGCAUUCUAUAUUGCGGACCCUCUAAUAAAUCGGUGGACGUUGUAGCUGGUCAACUUCUGAAACUCCGGAAGGUGUUGAAGCCACUUCGUGUUUACAGUGAGCAGAUGGAGAUGUUGGAGUUUCCCUACCCUGGCAGCAACCUGAAGCUGUCACGCAGGUCAAUCAGGGAAGAGAGACCCAAGAGAGAGCUCAGUUCCAUCACAUUGCAUCAUCUUAUUCGGAUGCCUGAGAACCCAUUCUCCAAUGAAAUUAUUUAUUUUGAUGCAAGAAUUCAAAGGGGAGAGGAUCUCACAGACAAGGAGAUUGAGAGCUACAAAGUCCUCCUAAGUCAAGCUCGGAAUCAUGAGUUGAUGAGGCAUGAUGUCAUUCUCUGCACUUGUACUGCGGCGUCAAAUCCCAACUUCUACAAGCUGGAUUUGAAACAGAUUAUCAUUGAUGAGUGUGCCAUGGCAACUGAGCCUGAAGCCUUCAUCCCCCUUGUGACCCAUAAACCUGAACAGAUUGUUUUACUCGGCGAUCACAAGCAAUUGCAGCCCAUCACGCACAGUGAUCUUUCAGCAAGGUUGGGUAUGAGGAAAUCUCUGUUUGAGCGUUACAUGGAAAAGGCGUUGAUGCUGGAUACGCAGUACAGAAUGCAUGAGCGCAUUUGUGAGUUUCCUUCAAAGGAGUUCUACAACGGUAUUCUCAAGACUGGAGCAACUCCGAAAGACAGUGUCCUGCUCGCUCAGUCUCAUCAUCUGACGCCCAUCCUUUUUGGACACGUUUCCGGAAAAGAGAUCAGUCUUGUGGUCUCCACCGAACGGGGGAAUGAGAACUCAAAGGCCAACUCGGCAGAGGCUGAGGAAUCGGUUCGCAUCGCCUCUCUGUUGAUCAAACAUGCUGGGGUGGCGGCUAGCGACAUAGCUAUUCUGACGCCAUACAAUGCCCAGGUAGCCAAGGUAAACGAAACCCUGUUAAUGAAGCAUAUCCAGAACGUCAACGUGAAUACCAUCACAAAGAGUCAAGGAAGUGAAUGGCGUUAUGUCAUCUUGUCUACUGUGCGCUCUUGUCCCAAGUCGGAAAUUGACACAGAGCCUACCAAAGCAUGGCUCACCAAGAAGCUUGGUUUUGUCAUGGACCCAAACCAAGUCAAUGUGGGCAUCACUCGGGCUCAGGAGGGACUGUGCAUUAUUGGAAACCAAGAGUUGCUGAGGUGCAGUUCACUGUGGAAGAGGCUGUUGGUUCAUUACCAGCAAUGUGGCUGUGUGGUGGAUCCUGCUAAAGACAUUCAAGUUCAAAACCCACACGUCAAAACCAAAUCAAAGUACAAAAGAGCCUCAAAGUUUCAAAACAGAAAAUGAAAAUGCUAGAGAUUCUGCAGUACCCAAAAUUGACUGCUGGGGAUAAUUUAGAAAAUUGAGAUAUGCAUUGCUAUGGCACCGCUUGAAAUCUUGAUCUUUAACGCUUCUGAGAAAGUGAAGACUUUUGCACUACUGACGAGAGCCAAUUCAUUUUUUACAAAUGAACAUAAUAUGGACUGUUCUACAAUGUUAUUGUAAUGAUAUUUCAGAACUAUGUAUAAAAGAAAAGCAACAGUCAUUGCACUGGUAAUACAAGAUAUUUAAUAUAUAUUUCUACAUGUUUGUUGCUAACCUUGACAUUUUACACAUGCUUUUUAAGUGUCAGACGUGCUUUAUACUCAGUCAGAUGUUUUAUAUGUUUUAUAAUGAUUGUGAAAUGUUUUAAUCAUUGUAUAUUAAACUAGCCAUACUAUGUA